GCCGCCGCCGCCGCCGCCGCCGCCAUGCAGGAGCUCAUCGCCAGCGUGGACCACAUCAAGUUCGAGCUGGAGAUCGCGGUGGAGCAACAGCUCGGCGCGCAGCCGCUCCCCUUCCCGGGCAUGGACAAAUCGGGGGCAGCUGUCUGUGAAUUUUUUUUAAAGUCUGCCUGUGGGAAAGGAGGCAUGUGUCCCUUCCGACACAUCAGCGGCGAAAAGACGGUGGUUUGCAAGCACUGGCUACGGGGGCUGUGCAAGAAGGGAGACCAGUGCGAGUUCUUGCAUGAGUAUGACAUGACGAAAAUGCCUGAGUGCUACUUCUAUUCAAAAUUUGGGGAAUGCAGCAACAAAGAAUGCCCGUUCUUGCACAUUGACCCCGAGUCCAAGAUAAAAGACUGUCCUUGGUAUGACCGAGGCUUUUGUAAACACGGCCCCCUUUGCCGGCACAGACACACCCGGCGUGUUAUUUGUGUGAAUUAUCUAGUGGGGUUCUGUCCAGAGGGGCCUGCUUGCAAAUUCAUGCACCCUCGAUUUGAACUCCCCAUGGGAACCACGGAGCAACCGCCACUGCCUCAGCCGACGCAGCCACAGCAGAAGCAAAAUAACAACCCGCCACUGCAGAGGUCGUCAUCCCUGAUCCAAUUAACGAGUCAGAACUCUUCUCCCAACCAACAGAGGACCCCGCAGGUCAUUGGCGUGAUGCAGUGUCAAAACAACAGCAUCGGCAACAGAGGCCCCCGGCCACUGGAGCAGGUCACUUGUUACAAAUGUGGCGAAAAAGGACACUAUGCCAACCGAUGCACGAAGGGACACUUGGCUUUCCUUAGUGGACAGUGAGCCAGUCGCCAUACCAGGAGACAAGUACACGGCACAGUUUUAAGAAGAAUGAGAGCAAAGGGAUGCGGACCACCAGUCCGGACUGUUGAUCUGUUUUUUUACGCGCCCGUACCAGAAGGGCUGCCCCCCCCCGGACUCCUAAUUUGAAACACUUCUGUAAUUUCAUCAUUUCUUUUAAACCUUUUAAAAAUAGAAAUUGAGUGGAAGCCAAGAUACGGGGCGGGAGGGGGGGGGAAUACACAAGCCUCAGAUUGCAUUUGGAAUCGAUACUUUUUUUGUGCUCGUGACUCCUCCGUUGUUCAAGCAGAGCCUGGACACAGAGGAAGAUGAGAAGCGCUGAUGUAUGAAGGGGCCGGUCUGUGUUGUGCACCGACAGGAAUGAAGCACCGCACAUCUGUAUUCUCUGCAAGGCACCUGGGUGAUCGCCCAGGGGUGAAGGUGCGCAUGGCUGUGUGGGCAGCAUUUUUUUUUUUUGUCCUCCUUUGGGAGCUGACCACAGUGCAGGCACAGCCAACGCACUGGGCCUGCAUUUGCGUUCUCAAUUGGAGCCGUGAACUUAACACAGCUCGCGUCACUAAAUGGAUUUGGUCAAAAACGGGCUCAGGAUGAACAGCGAAGGACUUCUAAAGUUCCGACUGUAAGUGGACAGGAACUAGAAACAUGUUUGUAUUAAAAAAAAAAUCUAACUGGUAUUGCUUUGACCCCGUGGCUUCAGUGGGCCUCGAUUAAGUGUCUGUUAGCCUAACACAUACACCCCGUCCACCACUGCCAAGAGACUCCAGAGUUUUUGCUGUAACACACACCUUAGCACUCAGCAGCUAACUACCUUGAAAGCAUUUGUUUUUGUUUCCUUAAAAUGGAUGUACCCCUGAAAAAAAAAGUUUUUUUGAUAUAUAUAUUUUUAAAUUACUUUCGGAGGGGAAAAUGUGCCUAGAAAGAACACAACCGGAGUCCUGCGUUGUAUGGAACA